AUUUAUUGUAAUAGAAAGCAUUUAAAUAUUUCUCUCUGCGACAUUAAAAUUUGAAAGCGUUAGCUUACGUAAAGCUAUCAACGUCAACAGUACCUAUUUCCAUAUUUAUUCAAUUUAUUCCAGUUCAACGUGGAAAAAAUGCAAGAAGAAUCACACACGGACCUCGUCAGCUUAUACACUAAUGAUAAGACAAUACCCACCGAAGAAGCAGUUGCUAUAUUUUUGGAAAAUAGAUAUAGACGAAACCUACCGUAUACCCAAUUAGGUUACUCGACCUUGGUCGUUGUCAACCCUUAUCAGACUCUUGAACUUUUAAAUGAUGACACAUUACGUUCUUAUGCGGAGAUCGGUUAUAAGGACCUUACAGAGCAGAGACCAUCAUUACAACCUCAUGUCUAUGAUUUAGCAACGAAAGUAUACUUCCAUAUGAGACGCACAGGAGAAGAUCAAAGUGUCAUAUUAAGUGGCAUUACUGGUUCGGGAAAAAGCACAACGCGAACGCAUUUUCUUUGCGAACUUCUUCAAUUGUCAACACACAACAAAAGAGAGAAUAAAUUAAGCUCACAGAUCCAAAACGCACUGGUAAUUAUCGAAGCCUUCGGCCAUGCUCAUACUACACAAAACGUGUCAGCUUCUAAGUUUGGCAUGUUUCAGGAAAUUCAAUUUAAUGAACGGGGCCGAAUUUUGGGAACAAAGACAUUGGCUUAUCAGUUUGACAAAUCGCGAGUGACACAAGUGCCACCCAACGAACGCACAUACCAUGUCUUCUAUUCUCUUUUAGCCGGUACGACUGUAGAAGAGAAAAAUGCACUGCAUAUCAACUUUAAGCCAGAAUAUUUCAAUUACCUUAAUCAAUCCAGCUGUAAUAUCAUUUCAACCUCAGAUUGGAACGACGAAACUGAAUUCAGUGAUCUAAAGAGUGCCUUGAAAAUGUGUGGAUUUAAAGCAAAAACAGUAACACAAAUUUUCCAGUUGCUAGCAGCUGUCUUGCAUAUUGGUAAUAUACAGUUUAUUGAAAAUGCGGAUACACAAGCCCAAGAGGCUUGUGUGGUCAAAAAUUAUGACGCUCUUGAUAAAGUAGCUAUGAUGCUUGGUGUUUCGUCCAGUAAAUUAGAAACCUGCUUAACAUAUAAGUUAAAAUUGAUUGGAAAAGAAGUGUGCACCAUUUUCUUGAAUCCACAAACUGCAGGUGAACAGCGUGAUAGCUUGGCUUGUGCGCUAUACAAUAUUCUAUUCUUAUGGAUUAUUGAAUCGAUCAACAGAAAGAUUUGCUACAGUAAUACCAAAGAACCAGCCAAUGUCAUCGGUAUUAUGGAUCAGUUCGGUUUCCAAAACUUCAAAACAAACGGCUUUCAAGAAUUUUGUGUUAAUCUCGCAAAUGAACGUAUUCAUCACUUUUUGGUCGAGGAAAGUUUUGGCAAUAAUAAGGGAUUGAACGAGCUCAUGAUCAAUGAUGGUGUGCCUUUGCCGACGAUUCCAGUCAUUGACAAUUCUGCUUGCUUGGAGCUUCUCUUCGGAAAGACAAAGAAGCAACUAGUUGAUGAUGCUUACAAUAAACAGGAGAUAUUCAGCAACUCAUCAUCAUUAGGGCUUGGUGGAAUUGUUGGACUCAUGGAUCGAGAUACUGCGAGACAACAAUCAGGUGUGACCGAUGCUACUAAUGCAAACUUUUUGGUGACUCUCCAGCGUCAACAUUCCAGCCAUACUUCUUUAUGUAGAGGCUCUCAAACGUUUUCUUUCGGUAUUAAUCACUUCUCUGGUACUGUACACUAUACAGCUGAUCAGUUCUUAGAACGUAACUUGGAUGAGCUAUCGCCUGAUUUUGUCAAUUUGCUGAGAGACAGUAGCUCCAACGCAUUCAUAUCCAAUCUUUUCCAAGGAAGUGCCAUGGCUACGGAAUCACAUCCAAAAGAUGACCGUACAAUUGUAAAAGCUCAACUUAGUAGUAAACCAACUCGUGCUCCAACUUUAAAGAGAAAGCCGACUAAACAUAGAAAUGGAAGACAACCGCAAACUGCUAACAAUGGAAUCGAGGAGCCAAUACCGUCAGAAAGUAAUGAACACAUUGAUGAUGAGCUCAAAAAGCAGAUAAAAAAACCAGAGGAGGCGUACGAAAACCUCCAGCAAAUGACCGUAACAGAUCAGCUUUAUAUGACAUUGCGUGAUAUUAUUUUCUCAAUGGCUGACACAAAACUCUAUAAUAUCAUCCAUAUAAGGCCUAACGAUAUACAAGCGCCUGAAUUUGAUCAUAAUCGCGUUCAGACACAAGUACGAGCCUUCUUGAUCCCGGAAUUAAUUGUGCGUCACCACUAUGAAUUCGCAUACUAUUAUACCUUUGAAGAAUUCACAGAUCGAUAUGAAGCAUUCAUCAAUUCCCUAUCACUUGAAAUUGCAACAGAAACAGAGCAAGAGCUAGACAGUAAUAGUGAAAAAGAAAAAAUCAAGCAAGCUUGUCAAUUAAUGAAAUGGAAUCAGCAAAAUGUCUUUGUUGGUCAACAGAUGGUCUGGUUAAGUUACGACAUAUGGAAAGGACUUGAAGAUGGAUUACGUUUAGCUGAAAAGCGGGAGAGAGAAGAAUUGAAAAUGGAAGCCAUGGGUAUAGGAGGUGUGCCAAGUGUUGAAAUGGCUUCCGAAAAAGCUUUUUCUACAGAAGGUCAGCCAUACUUUGAGAACCAUCCUGAUUAUGAAGAAGCUAUGUACGACAGGAAUCAUUUAGAAACUGCAGAUGAUGCUGCAAGCUAUGGCUAUAGCGAAGAUAAGCGUGAUAUCGAUGGUAGUCAAUGGGGUGAAGAAUCGGAGUGGGGUAUCAAUGGUUUAGCGGAAGGUUUUGGACCUAACAUGGAUAUGAGUAAGAUGGUUGAAGACAUUCAGGCUCCUAAAAUAGAAAACGUGGAAGAAGUUCCUAUUACCAGGGUGCGACGAUGGUGGGUGCGUUUUGUUUGGCUCAUGACAUUCUGGAUUCCAUCGCCAUUCUUAGCCUGGUUUGGCAAAAUGAAGCGACCGGAUAUACAAAUGGCCUGGCGAGAAAAGGUUACCCUUUGUAUGCUAAUUGGCCUCUUCUCAUUUAUUGUAUUAUUCUUCAUUGUCGGCCUUGGCCCUGUAGUUUGUCCAGGAACAUCGACCAUGUACUCAAUUUCUGAUGUCCAAGCACAUAAUGUCGAAAAUGAUAACUAUAUGAGUGUUCGAGGCAAUGUCUAUGACAUGACACAGUUCGCUAAAACCAGUCAUGGCUCUCAUAAUAUGUUUGGUACUCCGGAUGCAAUGGCGGCAUUGGCAGGACAGGAUGUUUCUUCCUCAAUUCCUCCUCCAUUAACAGUAGCAUGCUCCGGUUUAGUCACUAAUGAUAAUGUCCGUAUUAUACCCAACACUACUAACAGUCAGCAAGCUUCUUUCAUCCAUUAUUCUGGCGGUCAAGUGCAAUAUUCCUUCCUUAAUGACACACAAGACCCUUAUUGGUACUGGAAAACAUUCCUUCCAAGAAUUAGUGAAUAUAAAAAAGGUACUCUGGUUCAUCGUAUGAAAGAUCUUAAAGCUGAUGCAGACAGCUGGGGUCGCGCUGCCAUGGCUAUGUACAACAAAGUGUACGACCUUCAAGAUUAUUUUACAACAAUUGAUACCUAUGCAGGCGCAAGUGUUGCCAGUGAAUACAAAUUUUUAUCAGGUACUGUGGAAGACCUUUUCACACGUUUCAAAGGUACAGACGCGACGAAGAAAUGGGAAAUGUACAAAGAUAAAAUGAGUGUUGAAGAGCAGGAAAUGAAUAUGAACUGUCUGGAUAACUAUUUCUUGAUCGGUUACGUUGAUCCCCGUGACACCCCACGAUGUACCUUCUCUAAUUAUUUACUACUCGCUAUGGCUUGCGUUAUGUGUGCGGUAAUCUUGGUCAAGUUUUUGGCAUCAUUGCAAUUCGGAAGCACUCCGACACCAGAAGACCAUGAUAAAUUUGUUAUUUGUCAGGUGCCUUGUUAUACUGAAGACGAGGUUUCUUUAAAGAAAACAAUCGAUUCCCUCACUGUUUUGAAGUACGAUGACAAACGCAAGCUACUUUUCUUGAUUGCUGAUGGUAUGGUGAUGGGUAGUGGUAACGAUCGACCAACACCGCGUAUACUGUUGGAUAUUCUAGGUUAUGAUACGAAGCAGGAUCCGGAACCUUUGAUGUUUAAAUCUGUAGGUGAAGGUGCAAAACAGCUGAACUAUGGUAAAGUUUACUCUGGACUUUACGAACAUGAAGGUCACGUUGUCCCUUAUAUCGUAGUAGCGAAGGUGGGCAAAGCAUCUGAAAGAGCCAAACCAGGUAACCGUGGUAAGCGUGAUUCGCAAAUGAUCUUGAUGAACUUCCUCAAUCGGGUCCACUUCGAUAGUGAAAUGACUCCCUUGGAACUGGAAAUGUACCAUCAAAUCAAAAAUGUUAUUGGCGUCAAUCCUUCCUUUUAUGAAUAUAUUCUUAUGGUGGAUUCAGAUACAGAAGUUAUGCCGCAUUCCCUCUCCUACUUGAUUUCAUCUAUGUUGCACGAUGCUCGUAUUAUGGGUAUCUGUGGUGAAACAACUUUAGCUAAUGAACAACAGUCUUGGACAACCAUGAUUCAAGUUUAUGAAUAUUAUAUCUCUCAUUAUCUCGCUAAAUCCUUUGAGAGUUUGUUUGGCUCGGUUACCUGUCUUCCUGGUUGUUUCUGCAUGUAUCGUGUACGCACGCCUGUUAAAAAUGAACCUUUAAUCAUUUCCCCUAAUGUGGUCCAUGACUACGCUGAAAAUCAUGUGGAUACCUUGCAUAAAAAGAAUCUACUAUCGCUUGGUGAAGAUCGAUAUUUGACAACUCUUAUGAUGAAGUAUUUCCCUCAGCAUAAAAUGAAAUUCACUCCCCAUGCUAUGUGCCGUACAGUUGCGCCUGAUAAAUGGCGUGUUUUGCUAUCUCAACGUCGUCGCUGGAUCAACUCUACUAUUCACAAUCUUCUUGAAGUGGUUUUGUUAAAUGACCUCUGUGGUUUUUGCCUAUUCUCAAUGCGGUUUGUCGUUCUUAUCGAUUUAAUCGGUACCUUGACAUUACCUGUUUCUUUCUGUUAUUUGAUUUAUCUGAUUUAUACCAUUGCAGCUCAUGCUGGGCCGUUCCCUACGCUUGCCAUAGGGAUGUUAGCAGGAUUGUACGCAUUGCAGAUUUUGGUGUUUAUGCUAAGACGUGAAUGGCAGCACAUUGGUUGGAUGUUUUUCUAUCUUUUGGCACUUCCAGUUUAUGCUUUCCUACUACCAGUCUACUCCUUCUGGCAUUUUGAUGAUUUCUCUUGGGGUAAUACCCGUGUUGUCGUUGGUGAUUCCCAAAGAAAAAUUAUUGUGGCCGACGACGAAAAGUUUGACGAGAAAAUGAUUCCUAUGAAAAAAUGGAGUGUUUAUGAGCAAGAAUUAUGGGAAAUGGGUUCAUCCGGCAGCAGGAUAACGGGCUAUACAGGUAAUUCGUUUAGAAGCCGUCAAACGUAUGGUUCUCGACCUCCUAUGAAUAUGAUGUACGGUAACCGUUCUCAGUUUGGUGGAAGUCAGAUUGCUACAAGUCAGAUUGCUGAAAGUCAGAUUUUUGCCGACUAUGACUACUACCGCGAUACUAACGCUGCCACCCCAGUCAACGGAAGAUAUCAAAAUAGUAUGCAACGGCCAGUAAGUCCAAUGAACUAUGCUGGAUCAGUCAUUAGUCAUAGCUCAGCUGAAUACGAUACAGCGUCAAGAGCAAUGAAUAGUCAAGAUCUAGCCAUGCAUAGAAUAUCUCAAGCCAUGUCUAUUCAUAGCUAUGGUCCAAACUACGUCAAUAACGGUUAUUUGACCCCCAUGAUGGGUGAUGCCAGUUAUAUCAUGAAUCAAGAUAGAAAUAGUAUGUUGACAGCUCAACAACAACAACCAUUGAUAGGAGGAAAUCAAAGUGAUUUUGAUCCGCCGACAAGGCCAAUGAGCAAUUUCUCUUUCCCUUCAUCACAAGACGCCUUACAGCCUAUGAUGCCUCCAGGUUUUCCCUCAGAUGAAGAUAUUUUAUCGGAAAUUAAAAUUAUUCUACAAACAGCCAACUUGAUGAGCAUAACUAAAAAGCAAGUACGUGAACAAUUAAGUGCUUUCUUUGGAUUUGAUAUGACACCCAAAAAGGAAUUCAUUAAUACCAGUAUCGAAUACAUCCUUCAAGGCAGUUUAUAGUUUAUUUUCUGACUAUAACCUAAUUGAUAGGCUUGCAUCCUUACCUUCAAUAUAACAUCAUCCGUCUUUCCUGUGAAAGUCAAAUUUUGUACAUAUAUAGAGCUGUUUUAAAUUGCAUAACCGUAGUUGACAAUUAAUAUACCACUUCAAAAAGUCUAUCUGAUAUUAUAGGAAUCUGUAUUGCUAUCUUCCAUGUUUUUCCUUACCCUGAAAAAUAAAGAAUGGAAGUA